UAUCGAUGAAGUGACCUUAUGAAGACGACGUUGAUAGCGCUAAGAAAUCUCAUCCCAACUUCCUUUGCAGUCGGAAGGAAGCGUUCUGACUAGCGACCCACGAAUUUCGGAACCCAUCAGUGGAGUGGGCAACACUUACUGGCCCUUCAUCGCCGGAAGUUUGCUAUGCCUCGCUGCUAUGGCUCUGGCUACCACUGGAAUCCUGUGCUGCUGUCGGAAGAGGCGCUCAAGUCACCGUUGGCCACCUGACAUUGCUGCGGUAGUACUAGAAGAGCGCGUCGCGGAAGAGCCUAAAUUUGUUGAGAAGUCAGCAAUCGAUCGUAAGACGCAGCGUGCGGAGAUGAACGAGUACAUUUCCACGGACAGCAAGUCAGCAGCUCCCGCUGCCGGAGGCUCAGCCCCUAGUCGUCCGUCGAAUCCCGUGCCCAUCAAGCGUUUCCAAGAGUACGUGACGCGAGCUCUUGUUGAAGGCACACUGGAACUUGAGUACACGACGCUGAGGAAUGGGAGGCUGCACCCGACAACCGUUGCGGAAAAACCUGACAACAGGCCAAGGAAUCGCGACGGAAACAUCCUGCCAUACGACCACUCGAGAGUUGUGCUUACGAGCGAUGACGACAUCGUGGACUACAUCAAUGCAAGCUACAUACCGGGUUUCAGAAAUCCGCGAAGAUACAUCGCAGCACAAAGUCCUGCCCGCACAACCACUUCCGACUUCUGGCAAAUGGUCUGGCAGGAAAAUAUUGUUAAGGUGGUCGCACUGUCCGAACCCAAGGAGGAGGCGGUGUACUGGCCAGAAUCACAGGGAAAAUACGGAAGUAUUACGGUGACCCUGAAGAAGACUGAACUCAAGGCUGACUUUGCAGUGCGGGAACUCGAAUAUCAGUGGUGA